AUGCCUUUCGACACCGAGCUGACCCGGCGAUUGGGUAUCAAAGUGCCCAUCGUCCAGGGUGGCAUGCAGCACGUCGGCACAGCCGACCUCGCCUCGGCCGUGUCCAAUGCCGGUGCCCUCGGCAUCAUCACCGCCCUCAUCUUCCCGACCCCCGAGGAGCUGCGCAAGGAGAUACAGCGCUGCAAGACGCUGACGACCCGCCCCUUCGCCGUCAACAUUACCCUCCUCCCGGCCCUUGUGCCCCCCGACUACGCCGCCUACGCCCAGGUCGUCAUUGACGAGGGCAUCCGCAUCGUCGAGACGGCCGGCAACUCGCCCGGCCCCGUCAUCAAGCAGCUUAAGGCCGCCGGCGUCAUCAUCCUGCACAAGUGCACGACGAUCCGCCACGCGCAGAGCGCCGUCAAGCUCGGCGUCGACUUUCUGAGCAUCGACGGCUUCGAGUGCGCCGGCCACGUCGGCGAGUCGGACAUCACAAACUUCAUUCUGCUGUCGCGCGCGCGCCAGUCGCUGAAGGUGCCCUUCAUUGCCAGCGGCGGCUUCGCCGACGGCCAGGGGCUUGCGGCGGCACUGUGUCUCGGCGCGUGCGGCAUCAACAUGGGCACGCGCUUUAUGUGCACCCUCGAGGCGCCGAUCCAUCACAAGAUCAAGGAGGAGAUCGUCAAGGCCCAGGAGACGGACACGGCGCUGCUCCUGCGGCGGUGGAGGAACACGACGCGGCUCUACAAGAACAAGGUCACGGAGGAGGCCAUCAAGGUCGAGCUGGAGAGCAAGUCGGGUGAGUUUUCCGAGAUCGCGCCUCUCGUGAGUGGGAAGCGGGGUAAGGAGGUCUUCAUCACGGGCGAUCCCGACUACGGCGUCUGGACGGCCGGGCAGGUCAUUGGGCUGAUUCACGACAUCCCCUCGGUCAAGGACCUGGUUCCCAGGAUAGAGAAGGAGGCCGAGGCAGCGUUGCGGGAGAGACUAUCGCUCAUCAAGCCGGCGGCCAAGUUGUAG